CUGACGUGACUUCGAUGACGCAUGGGGACAGAAACGGAAAACAGCGGGCUUGUUUGAAACUGAGAGGUGGUAAAGCGUUUUGUGUCGAAAUGUCUUCCCAAGACGACCCUCACAUCCUGGUUUUGGAGGAGCAACUGAGGAGUUUAUCAGAUGAGUUAUUGCAGUGCCAGGCAGACAAGGAGUUUGUGUGGUCCCUAUGGAAACGCUUGCAAGUGGCAAAUCCAGACUUGACCCAGGCUGUCAGUUUGGUGGUUGAGCGUGAGAAGCACAAGGCUGAGAUAAAGGACAGAAAGGUUUUGGAGAUCCUCCAGUCCAAAGACUACAAGAUACAGGAGCUGGAACAGAAAGUGACCGGGUGGCAGCAGGAAAUUAACAACAUGGUACAAAGGAGGACGACAGCAGACGAGGAUAGUGUCCUAAUGAAGAAGGAUCUGACAGCUCUGCGUGAACAAAUGGUCAACAAGAGUCAGGAACUUCAGGAAAUGAAGACGGAGUGUAGGAGGAAAGAGGAGGAGGAGCAGCAGGUGGUGCGGGCUCUAGAGGAGGAGAAAGAGGGAUUAACUUCCCGCUGUGGCGCCCUGCGAGCUGACCUGGAGGAGAAAGAGAGGCAGGCCAACAGCCAACGAGAACAGAGGGAUGCUGCCCAGGCUAGAGUCAAGGGGUUGGAAGAGCAGCUACACAGUUCCUGCCAGGAGUUGUCCAACUUGCAGAUCCACAGCAGCAGUCUAGCAGCCCAGCUUUCUUCCAAAGAGAGAGAAGUGGCAGCAAAAGAGGACAAACUCAGUCGACUUCGUUGUGACUACGCUGAAGUGCAGACCCUCUACAGACAGAGCACAGAACAUGCAGCAGAGCAGAGCCAUCUCAUCAAGCAACUGGAGGGACUCAACCUUGACACACAGAAAGUCCUUAGGAACCAGGAGGAGGCCCAUACUGCUGACACCACCUCCUAUCAGAGGCUGUACAAGGAGUUAAGUCAGUGCUACCAGGCCCUCACAUCCAGCGAGGCCAAACUCCGUCAGAGUCACCAGGAGCUCAGCAACCUGCUGGUCCAGAAAGACCAACUCAUCCUGCAACUCCAAGCCCAGCUACAACAGCAACAGGAACAAAUACAACUGCAGCAGCAGCAGCAACAACAACAACAACAACAACAGAUGCAGCAGCAGCAGCAACAGGCUCAGAACACACCUCUCCACGCCUCGCCAAACAGACAAACCACUUUAAGGAUGAGUGUGUCAGAGCAGGUUGAUGGUGCUGCUCUGAGGUGCAGCCCUGAUUCUGACCGGGCCUCCACCCGGGGCUCAGAUCCCAGGCCAGAGGAUAAGACCCUUCAGCAUAGAUCCACCAGUUCAGUCAGAAGACAGCAGGGUGCACCUGUGCAGCGAUCCAGGUCUCUGUCCCCAGCCAGCAGUGCAGAGUUGGGCAGUAAGAAGAGAGGAGGGGCAGAACAGAGGAUUCAAGACCUUGAAGAGCUUCUGCAAUUAAAGAUGCAGGAGAAUGAAGAGCUCAGGAGGGCUCAUGAUAAACGACGCGGGCGCCUUUGUCUUAUCCAGACCAACUACAAGACAGUCAGAGACCAACUGAAAGAGAUGGAGAAAUCAGAUGGCUUGCCAGGUAGAAGGACGCAGCGUGCAGAACCACGGCAGCUGAGACAAGAGAACAGUGAUGCAGUGUGGAAUGAGCUGGCCUUCUUGAAGAACCUCAACCGGAAACUCUCCAUUGAAAAAGCUGGCCUGGAGGAACAGCUGGACAUGCUAAGGGUCCAAGCUGCUGUGGAUCGGGCCACAGUGAAGGAGCUCCACCUGUGUCUUGCACAGGAGCACCAGGAAUUGCUUCACAAAGUGGUAGAGGAGCGCCAGGUCAAAAGCAGCACUCCGAAAAAGCUUUCUGUUUCUUCAGAACGAAUGGAACAGUCAUUAAAAAAGAUUGAACAGCUGGAGCGAAGGAUGAUGUCUCUAGAUGAAGAAACAGAGAGGCUCAGGGAAGGGAAGGAGCAGAUACUUGAGGACAAGGAAGACUUGGCACACAACUGCCGGAGACUCGAAGCCUCAUUGGAUCAUCUGCGAACCCAGGAAGCGGUCCGUGAAAAGGCAGCCCAAGACCAGGCCCUAGUUCAGGGUGAGCAGCACCGCAAUGAGAUCAUGGCCUUGGAAACCCGGCUGACUGCCUCUCAAAAAGAAGCCACCAAGCUCCAUCAUCAGCUACUGAAGCUGAGACAGGAGUUAGGGAUCCUAAGAGCAGCCAGGGACUUCUAUAGGUACCGCGCAGCAGGACCAGUGCGGGCAGGUGGGAUCGUCAGCAACGUUAGCAACAAGGUCAAAUUCAAAACAACCAGGCUCCACCAGCACAGCCACCGAACAGUCAGCCCCAAUCAAGUCAUCAGCCGGCGAGGCCGCAGCCCCAGUCCCACUAAGGAUGAGUGGGAGGACAUAAGUGUAGAUAGUGACAGUGGUGAUGAGUACUCGGACAGCCUGAACAAUGUGACCUCGCGCUCAAAGCUAUGCAGACAGCACACUAUCAGAAAGUCCUACAGGUGUUCACUGAUCUCAAAUACAGGCGCAGCAGCAGCAGGAUCUAACAGGAAGCAAACUGAUGUUCUGGCUCAAGACGAUGAACAGCAUGAGCCCUGGGACCGAGGGACAGAAGGAGAGAAAUGGAGGCGGAGAAGGAAGAGGAUGCUAAUGAAGACCCAGCGCUGCUCCUCCUCUUCUCUGCAGCAGCGCGUAGAGUCCCUGCAGCGUCACAUUGACAUACUGCGAAGUGCCAGGAAAGAUGCUGUGCUUUCAGCCAGAGAGCUGCGAAGGGCCAACGAGAAGAUCACGGCUCAGCUCAACUCCCUCACUGAGAAACUGUGCAGCAGCAAGCAGCUCACUCAGAAGCUGACCUCUGACCUGGCUGGUGUAGAGCAGCAGAAAAAGGUUCUGGAGAUGGAGGUAGAGCAGUGGAGGCAAAUCAAAUUCCCCCAGCAAUCUGCACCACCACCACCACCACCACCACCACCCGUAAACACAGAGUGCUCCUGCCAGGGCAGGUCCAUGUCUGCCCAAGAUGAUACAGCCCACCAGGCACUGGGGGCUGAAAUCAAACAGCUUCAAUCCAAACUCAAGAGUGCAAGUGCGGAGGUCACAAGGCAGGUGGCAGCUAACAAAGCCCUGCGAGGCCAGCUCCAGGAGAAGGAGGACAAGCUCCGCCAGCUGCAGGAGAAAGCGAGCCAUGCAGAGAGAGACGUGAGCAUGAAGAAGCAGCUGCUGGAGGACUUGAAGACAAGACUAAAGUUCCUGCAGGAGAUGGAGAAAAGUUACAGAGGGCAGGUGGAGGAGUUGGAGAAGAAGGUGAAAACUUUAUCCGAAGAGGCCACCAAUAGGAAAGCCCUUAUUGAAUCUCUAAAGAGGAGACUUAGUGUUGCAACCACAGAGAAAGGCCAGUAUGAGGCCUCCGUCUCAAAACUCAAGGAAAACCUGGAAAAAAAGGAGCAGCGAAUACAUGCCUUGCAGGCUCGUGUGGGAGCCAGUGAGCAGGCUCUGGCUGCACUGGAACAGACAGCUACCGAGCAAAUGGAGGGGUUGACCCAGCAGAGCUCCCAUUCCUUGGACAGGCUUCAGAGACAGCUUGGCCAGGCCUACUCCCAUUUGGAGCAGCUUCACUCUUUUAUCAAGGCCCUGGCCAGUGAAAUACUUUUAGACGUUCAAGAGGUCAAGCAGCAGUUGAUGAAGAGGAGGAGGUCGAGGCAGGCCAAUGCUGUGGCAGCAAAGGGCGGCCUCUCAGCCAAGUCCAUGAUCAAAGCCAAGUCCAUCGCUGCCUCCAUCCUCAAUAUGUCAGAGAAUGAUCUCGCCGACAUGAUGGACACUGACCAGGGAACGGAGGCCCGACCAGAAAAUCCGGGAGACCAGGUGUGGCUGGAACAUCUCCACCACCUCCUUCAGCAGAAGAUCCCCUCUGCCGGCCAGCUAAUGGAGGCUGUGCGCGUGAAGAUGAAGGAGAGGAAAGUGCUGACAGAAGAGCUGGCCACGCUCGCAACACCAGUCAGCGAAAAAGCCUGACUCCCUGGGCUGAAGCUGGGAAAACUGUCAUCCUCUUCUCCCCCCCUCCCUCCUUCCCCGGUUCCCGCUUGGUGGGAGCCGGGCUGAGCCAAGCUGAGCCGGGGCAGCAGAACCAAUAUUUGUGAGAAAAGCACUGUCGACUCACUCUGGGCCACUGGCUCGACACAGCAGCCCUGCUUUUGUAAAUGAGCCCUCGACAUCUGUGUUAGCGCUCAGUGCACUAUGUCUAUCAGACAGGGCCCUUUAGAGCCAAGCUAAUUUACAGUGCAGCCACUCUACCCUACUCUCCACACAGACCUACGGAGAUAAGGCAAAUGCUUACACUAAUGUUUAAGUUUAACUUUUUUUAAACUCGCUUUCACCUCUUCCCCUAAUUUAUUUGGCACCUUGAGGACCUUAGGGUGCAGGGACUUGACCUGGCAAUGCCAAGUCAACACUUUGAGAAAGUGAAAAGUGUAGCACAGAGCAGAAUAUUCACUAUGAGUGUGGAUUCAUCCUGAUACUUGACAGUCCAGUGAUUUAAGACUGAUAAAGAGUGUUUCUUUCUAAAGGACAUUUUUCUAGUUAGCUACUUUCAACAUUUUUUCAGCAGGGUAUUUGUUUUUUGCUAACUUAACUUGUAAUUAAGGAAAAUAUUUAUGUUUUUCUUUUGUCAAACAAUUUCAAUUUGUAAAUAAAAAACCUGUUACACUUA